ACCGAAAAUGAUAAAGAAAUGAUAAAUGUCGAUUAAAUCUUCUUUUUUAGUCUGCAAACAAUGGCAAAAUGUUCUCCAGAACUUUUGGAAAUCCACGCGGGUCCUGGACAUAACGAGGAAAUCACCAUUAAACUGGGGGAUUCCCCCAAGAACAUUGAGAGAGCGCCUGACAGCUCCAUCUCUUAUAAGAAUUCUCAAAAAUUGUGGAGAAGGAUUGCAUACGAUCAAUAGUUCAGACAAUUCAGGACUCAGUUACGUAAUCAUCGAAAAAGCUGGAGAGUUGUGUCCAAAUUUGGAGACAGUUGUGCUUAAGAGUUGCUCAUGGCCGUCCCUCCACAUUCAUAAAUCCCUAGUAGCUUGCAAAAUUACACAAUUUGCGAUAAAUAAUGCCCAAGACGAGGCUUUUCUAUCCAACAUAUUCGCACAGCUGAACAAUUUGAGAUAUGUAGAAAUCCACGGGAAUCCCACACACUGCAGUAUCGGCAGUUGCAUUCUGAAAUUAUCGAAGACCAUCGAAGUGAUACGAUUGAGUCAUAUUCGAAUCAGUGAAUCCAUUUUCAAUUCGGCAAUCCAAACGCUUCCCAACCUGCGGUCACUGGAACUCAAUACGUGCAGUAAUGUGAAUGAAGAUUCCUUCGAGAAAAUUACCUACAUAAAUUCCUUGAAGUACCUAAAGAUCCAUGGGUUCCACCUUGUCAACAACCUUUCAAGCUCACUCCAGCUGAUUAAAAAUCUGAGUAAUCUUGAGGUCUUGGAGAUUACCACGAUGAACAAGGAAUCUUUGAGGAAUAUCAGCACGGUAGGAAUUCCAGCUGUGGCCUGCAAAUUCAUGUGGCGAGACGUCAACAUCUUUGAUGAUCUAUUCAUCGAGAUAGCGAAGAACUGCAGACAUCUCCGGUCUUUGGACAUCAGUGGAUCAUCGUUCGUAACAGAUAGAGGACUGAAUGCUCUCGCUUCUUACACAAAUCUCGAAAGAUUGAUAAUUAAUUACGUGCCAGAAGUGUCGGAUGAUUGUCUCGCGAAGUUCCACAGUCUGAAGAUUCUGCAGUGCGUCGGUUGCGAAGACGUGAGAGACGAAGGGAUUAUUUUCCUUCUUCAGAAUGCACGUGAGCUUCAAGUUCUUGAUGUAUCGCUGACUUCAAUUGGAGACAGAACUCUCGAGGCUGCCAUAGACGCGGUAGCUAAAAGACACAACAAUAUUCCACUGAAACUCGCUUUGGGGUUCACUGCAACGUUCUUAAACUAUACUCCUGAAUAUAUUGAGAAAAUAAAACCAGUUUCGUUGGAAAUUAUUCACGAAACACUGAUGGAAAUAGUUUGAGUUGCAGUUUUUCGAAAAGAUCAACGUCAUUGGCUUUUUUCGUAACA